CCACUCUAACAUGGCAUCGGAAUUGGAGGCUUACGUUGGCCGGAUGGUCAAUGUGAUCACAUCUGACGGACGGACGAUCGUGGGCACAUUGAAAGGCUUUGACAACGUGAUCAAUCUGGUCCUCAAAGACUGCCAGGAACGAGUAUUCAGUCCGACAGAUGGUGUAGAACACGUUCCCCUCGGCUUAUUCAUUAUUCGUGGUCAAAAUGUGGCUGUGGUCGGUGAAUUGGAUGAAGAUCUUGAUCGGCGUAUCGAUUUUUCGGCGUUACGUGCUGAACCUCUAAAUCCCAUUGUACACUAGCCUGUUGUGUUUUGAUCAGAUGCUUUUUAUACACUCUAUUGCCACAACCUUCAAGUUGGUGGUGUCCUUAUGAUUUUUCUUAUUUGCCUUAUCCUGGAUAGGGGAAAUCCUUAGUUCUUGCUGAUGCCUGUUUGAGUUUUGAAACCACUUCUUCCUUUCAAAACAUUCGGGCGCAUUGUUGAUCCGUUAGCCUCAUUACAGUUGCCUACAGGA